AUGACGUCGCGGUUCACGCCGCGCCGGCUCCGCGACCCGUUCCAACCACCCGCCGCCGCCGCCGCCUACUGCCGCCUUCCAACCCGCCACCCGGUUCCCGCCUGCCCCGCAGCACCAUCGGGGCUGCCGGGGGAGGGCCCCGAGCCGGAGCCAGGGGACCCGUGCGCCGGGCCGGGGGCGCAGCAGGAUUAUGACCUGCCACUGCACCUGGCUGCCGUGGUUGUGCUGCUGGGCGUGUCUCUGGCGGGGUCGCUAGGCCCCGUGGCGCUGCACCUCUCCAGCGCCUCCUCAGCCGUCUCCACCGCCAUCCGCUUGGGCACCUUCUUCGGCUUCGGCACCAUCCUUUCCACCAGCUUCAUCCACAUGCUGCUGCCCGCGGCGCAGAGCUUUGCCAGCCCCUGCCUGCCGCGUGCCUGGGCCGACAGCUUCGACGGCUGGGCCUACCUGUUUGUCACGCUGGCGGGGCAGCACCUGCGGCAGCAGGCGGCGGCGCAGCAGCAGCAGCAGGUGGGCGGUGACCUCAGCCGCAGCCAGUCGCUAGCUCACAGCCAGCUGGAGGAUGGCUGCCACGCGUGGCAUGUGUCCAUCAUCACCGCGCUUUCUUCCAAAGAACCGGCAGUGCAGCAUGCAGGCGCCGGCGCAGCAGGAGCAGCAGCGGAUGGGGAGUCGGGGGCGGCGGCAGCGGCAGAGCAGGGCCAGGCGGAGGCGGCGGCAGCAGCGGCGGAUGGGGAGGCUGGCGGAAGCGCAGACGAGCAAGAAGGGGCCUGCGAGGUGUGCAGCACGCUGCCGCUGCUGGGCCACCAACUGCCGCCGCAGCAGCCCGUCGGGCCGCAGCAGGGAGCGGCUGCCCCGGCCCCCGCCUCCCAGAUCAUCGGUCUGUACCUGGCAGAGGCAGGUAUCAUCUUCCACUCAGUCAUGAUUGGGCUGACGCUGGGGGUCACCUCCGGCACCGGCUUCAAGACCCUGCUCGUGGCCCUCUCCUUCCACCAGUUCUUUGAGGGCUUUGCCAUCGGCUCCGCCGCCGUGGACUCUGGGCUGAGCGCCAGGGAGGCCGGCGCCAUGGGGCUGGCCUUCUCGGUCACCACCCCCGCCGGCAUCGCCAUCGGCAUCGCGGUGCGCGAGAGCUUCAACCGCAAUGCCGCCGCCGCGCUGCUGGCAUCCGGCAUCUGCGACGCCCUGUCCGCCGGCAUCCUCAUCUACACAGUGCUGUGCGAGCUCAUCACGCCCAUGAUGACAGACUCCCGCUGGCUGCGCAGCCAGCGGUGGCCGCUGCAGGUCGCCGCCUUCCUGUCGUUCUACGCGGGGGCGGGCGCCAUGGCGGCGGUGGGCAAGUUUGCCUGA